AUGGACAAGGGUUUGAUGAAACUUAGGGAUAAAUUCUUGGUUGAGUAUAGAGAGGGAGUGUUCCAAUUUUUAGAGGUUGUCAAGUUUCACAUCGAUGAUUACAGACGAAAAAGGAAAUUUCCAGAGGAACAUUUGUCUCUAUGUUAUGUUGAAAUGCAUGAUGUGGUUGAAGAGAUUGUAUUGAAUAUUAAAGAAAAUGUGGAUGAUAUUGUGUCACGCCCCACCCCACUAGCCACUUCUUAUGUGACUAGAAAGAGUAUAUCUUACCAAAAAGCAUGGCGUGCUCGUGAGGCUGCAUUGGAUGAUAUUCGCGGAUCUCCUGAGGACUCCUACAAGAUGUUACCCAGAUUUGCAUACAUAUUGGAACUCAACAACCCAGUCAUUUCUAUUGAUGGAACUAGUUUGAAGAAUAAGUACGGUGGUACUUUGUUAUCUGCUUCAACACUUGAUGCCAAUGAUCAGAUUUUUCCACUAGCUUUUUGUGUUGUGGAUUCUGAGAACGAUUCCUCAUGGACUUUGAACCUCAAGUUGAAGUAUAAGAGAAUAGUGGAUAUCGUCUUUCAUUCAUGUGGGAAGGCAUUUAAUAUUGUAAACUUCGAACACGAAAUGCAUUUGUUGGAAUCUUCUGCCCCUAGUAUACGUGAGGAGCUUAAAUCCAUUGGUUUUGCUAAGUGGUCUCGUGCCUACUCACCACGUAGGAGAUAUAAUGUCAUGACCACUAAUAUAUCUGAGAGUUUGAAUUCUGUUAUGCCGAAGGCUAUGGAGUUACCAAUAUGUUCAAUGCUUGAGGCUUUGCGAAUGAUGUUGCAAAGAUGGUUUUUUGAACGGAGGAAUGAUGUUGAUUAUCAAGUUACUGAUUUUACCAAAACUAUUGAAGGUAUAUUAAGGAAACAGAUUGAACUUAGUUGA